UAUAUAUAUGUAUGCUUUGGACUACAAGGUGCUGCUUCACUGGAACGCAGCCUGGGCUUAAAUCUAGACCGUCUUCCACGACACCGCCUUCCCAAAGACGGCUGAUCUAGCUGUCCACGAUGAGCAAUGGGCGACAGGUGAAGUCAGAGGGAUAUGGAGACUCCGUCAUAAAGAGUCUGGGUGAGCUGAGGAAGAAUGAGGAGUUGUGUGAUUUCUCUGUUACGGCAGAAGGACGGGUAUUUAAGGUUCAUAAGGUGUUGUUGGCUGCCACCAGUGAGUAUUUUCGUGUCAUGUUUCGGGGGCUGAUGCAGGAGAGUCGCCAGGACAGUGUGGAUCUGAAAGGUGUCACAGCAGAUGGUUUACAGCAGAUACUCCAGUUUAUCUACAGCGGCGAGUUGACGCUACACUAUGAUAACUUAACAGAAAUCAUAAAUACGGCUAGCCACCUUCAGGUCUCCAGCGCGCUUGAUGUCUGCAGCGAUUACGUCAACUCGCUGAUGACGUUUGAAAAUGCAGAGGAGUUUCUGAGCAUUGCGGACACUUACUCUCUGGAAAGCGUGCAGUUACACUGGGACAACAUGAUCUUGUCAAACUUUCAGGAAUUCAGUCAGUCCCAAGCAUUUUUGAAACUAAGUGCAGAUAGUUUGUCAAAGUAUCUCGCCAGCGACUCCAUGAGGGCAAGUUCAGAGUUCAAGCUCUUCAAGUGUUUAGAGCUUUGGUUCCAGGGUAACCGCACUCGCAUGAUGGCAGAUGGUGAAAAAGUGCUGAGUCAUGUACGCUUCCCUCUCAUGUCAGAAAUUGAACUAGCUCAUGUUCAACAAACAGAGGUUAUACGAUGUUGUCCAACAGGUGCGAGACAUCUUAACAAAGGCUUCCGUUAUCACAUGGACUGCAAGACAGGGCAUCCUGUCAUUGAAGAGGUCUCAACAAUGAGAACCGAUUCUCCUAGUCUAGUCCUGUUUCACCACGGGUUAUCUCAUAUAGCUUUUCAAGUCACAGCCUAUAACACCUCAACCAGUCGUUUUCAUCGCUUGUUUUCCGAUGUGAAUGGCAGCCGCGACUGCCGAGUGAGUGUUGUGGACAAUUUUGCAUAUAUUUGUCGUGUUGUGGACUAUGGAGGUGGCACCCUGAUGAGUUCACUCUUCAGAUUUGAUCCUCGCCACCUCAAUGCGCAUGAGCUUCGACCAAUGAGAUGUCUCAGGCUGGACUUCGCUCUGGUGACAUUCAAGAAAUCCUUGUACGUGUUUGGUGGGUCCACAGAGCAGUUUGCAAUUCUGGAUUCCGUGGAAGUGUACAAUGUGUUGACAAACACGUGGGAAGACUCGUUACCUCUGCCGACUCCGGCUCACUCGCUCGCUGCUGUUUCCUUCAGAGACAAAAUCUACCUCACUGGGGGCGUGUCAGGCCAGGACAGGCAGGCAACCAAUCGAUUCCUCUGUUACAACCCAGAGGCGCGCACGUGGGAAAACAAACCAGGGAUGUUCUAUGCAAGACGAUUACAUGAUAUGGUCGUGUCAAAAGGCAAAAUAUUUGUACUGGGUGGACUACCAAGGCAAGGAGUACCAUUACAAGGUCAAAUUCCCAUUGAAAGCUUUGAUUUUCAGUCAAAUCAGUGGACGAUGCUGUCGUCAACGUUGAGUGGCAGAUCUGUUGGUCACUACAUUAACUUCGAGGAUCAGAUUCUCUCCCUUGGGCACGAGCACCAUAGCGCCACGGAAGACGAGGUCUGGCUCUACAAUAGUGACAUAGACGAUUGGUCCAAAUAUGCCAAAGCCCCGCAGAGAAUGAGUUUGACCUCAUCUGUCUGUGUGUCUCUCUUUGUGAACUUCUAUGACGAGAAAGUUGACAAAAACAUCAUCAUAUGAUAAGUGAAUCACUUAAGGCACAUGUGCAUGCGAAAUAUGUCUCAGUCAAAUUUCAUUCAGGGCAAGGUUAGUACAGCGACACAACUCUGAAGUGUCAAGUUGCCCAGAGCCUGUUUCUUGAAGUGCACAUACCGUUCCAUACAUGUUACUACUAUCUGAUGUAAUACAUACGAUAUAGUUAGUCACUGUGGUUACAAUUGGCCUAUGAUGGCCUAUGGUGUGUAGCCUUGAAGCCAUAUCCUCAAAAAGCCAGCAGAUAUGUACAUGUACACUGUAUAAAAUUUGUCCUGUGGACCAAUUGAUAUACAAGAACACUGCAAAAUUGUUCUUCAUACGAAUGUGAAAUAGCCACAUACAUAUAUGCUAUUGACCUAUCAUGCCUACUGACAAGGAAAAAAAAAUAAGAGAAAAAGAAAGACAAAUAACAUAGUUUUGUUUGAUAAUGUUUGGAAACUUACAACUAUUUUAAAUACUUUUUUGUGAUAUAAUUAUAUGACCAAUGUUCAGAAGUCUGUUACCAUGGAACUGCCUUAAUGAUUAUCAGUACCUCAACUUUUUACAAGGUGUUUACAAUUUGAGUGAAGAUUUGGUUGAUACCUCUGUAAAUCUUGGUUUAUUUUUAUCCUGACUGUAGCCAUAACUGACUAUUAUUUGCCAUUUCUGAUCAGAUCUCUGCUGGUACAUGUAUAACUCUGAUGAAAAAGAUCAAUAAUCAUUGAAUUUCUUAAAAAAAUGAAAAGGUAGCGGUAGCUCCAAAGUUGUAUGCAAACUGGUAGUCCUCCUGAGUAUUUGGCCUAUGUUUAUGUGCCCCAGAUUUGUGUAAGUUUACUUGAACUCUCUGCAAGUACUUAACAAUGAGAUAUGAAUUUAACACCAAAUAACACUACUUUAAAUACAGGCAUUACGCAAUGUUCUCAUAUUGAGCACAAAACAGCUGUAACAUUUUCUGGAUAGAAACUUACACAUGUAUGUAAUUUUGAUUAAGAAUGUCCAGAUAAGAAAUCAAGAAAUGAGUGAGAAAUCAUACCUUUAAAUGAACAUUUUAUGUCUACUUGUGCAUGUGUAGCAUAUUGAGAAAAAUUUGCUCAAGUCUCAGGUGCAUGUAACAAGCUUGUAUUGUCAAGAGUUACAAUAAGGUUAAAUUGUGACUGCAGUGAAUACUGAACUAAGGGAGAUAACUUGAAUUGCCUUUUACCUACAGCACUACCUAUUCAUGCAUGGCUUUCCUUUUUGAGCAGAAAUCUACCUUGGAAAAGUAGUAAAUGAGUUCUGAUCAAAAUAGGAAGCCACUAUUCCUGCUAAUUUUUUUUCUUCUUUUUGACCAUUAUCUAAUAAACACCCUGGCAUGUAGUGUUAUUCACCUGGUGGAAUACCGUUUACCUGAAGAUGCUAUGGUUACGGUUAUGUGUUAGUAAAACGGAUAAUGAGAGCAAAUUGAUGCCGAGUAAGCUAUGAAAAUACAACAGGAAUGGGCUACAUGUAGAACAGCAUUAGGGCAAAAAAGUUUUCCCUGUCAGGAAAGAUCUUUAAUACACGUGAUCAUGGUUACCAUCAGUGUUAAUGGGCUAAUUGGAUACAGGUUGCAGGUUGAGUUACAUUCAAGGCUUUCUGUCUUCUACUACACACCUAUAGUAAUCAUGAGCUCAUAAUUUGAAAGCAAACUGUGUUUAUACAGCCAUCAAAUGUUUUGAUCAUAAAAGUUGAUUGGUUAAGUUGGUAUUAUAUAUAUAUACGUUUAUUAUGCUUGCUUUGAAAGUAGUUUGGCCUCUUUUAGGAGGAUCUUUCGAAUUUUGUUUUCAACAUGGCAUGGUUUUUGUUUGGUGUAUAUGAACGUAAAGAUCUUUUUUAUGGCAUACAAUUGUUUUUUUAAGGAUAGUCAAAAGUUUCAGUGGCAAUUCAGAACACUUUCUUUGCAAAUCAAGUAGUAAUAUCAGAAUAAUUAAAACUGUUUUAUGUGUAUAUUUUGGCAAAAGCACUAGAUAUUUCUUGAAAUCCGAGGCCACAAAUUUCAGCACAAACUUUCCAUACCCGGCUAAAUGUACUGGCAUUUAAAUGAUGAUACCUGCCACGGAUGAUAUAUGCAUGUGUUCCUGUUAACUUUUGGAAUUUCAUGCAAAGUUGCAGAAAAGUGGCUAUAUUUUCUUCUGAAAGUCUUGUUUUUCUGAUGGACAGAAUUGGGUGAAGAUGAUUUCUUUGACUACCCUAAUUCCUCAACAGAUUCAACUACAGACAAUACCCUAAUUCUUCUCAAAUUUGGAACAGAUAUUAGUAGUGUUGAAAGCAGAAUAUUACAUUUCUUUACCAGCUUUUUGGAAAGGUAAAGAGGUGAGUAUAUUGUUCAUUAGAUGGUCUAACAAUGUGAGAAGAAAAGACUCAGUAUUCCUGCUAGAGUUACAUAUAUAUGUUGGCUAAAAUGAGCAGACCAGGUGUCCCAAAUUUUAGAAGAAAUAGGGCUAUAUUCAUAUGUUUUGGUAUAGGUGUGAUAAAGAAAUGUUAUCCAAUACAGACAGGUUACUCUAUAACUUCUGUGAUGUUCUUACCCAUACAUGUAUGUAUCCCUACCUGAACUUACCUUUUAGUCUUCAAAGUUACAUUUUCAAAUUGCGUCAUUCUAAUGUUAUACUUUACUGGUUGAAUUUGCUGAGGAGUUGACAGAUAUACCGAUACAUGUAUAUAAUGUGCCAGCAUUGGAAGUAUGCAGCUGAACUAUCUGCCAUUAUCAAGAGGAUACUAUUUAUGUUUUUUAUUUUGUGCAUGUGUGAGAAGAAAUACCUCAGAUGUCAUUGCAUGUAGAUAUGAGAUUUUUGUACAUGAUAUUUUGUUACCAUGCCGGUCAUUGAUGGACCUGUUGCAUUUCUUAUGGAGAAAAUUAAGUGUUUAGAUAUUUAACUUGUUGAUAGGUUUUGGCUUUGAAAACUUUACGAGUGAGGUGAAAUUUACAAUGAGACAUUUAGAUGUAAGUAUUCUUCAUACAGUCAUUUCAAACAAGGUACCAUUUAUUAGGCCAGUUGUAUUGAGCAAAACUAAUGUUUCAGUCUCUUCAAGACGGUUACAUGAACAAGUAGGUGGGUGAUGUUUGUACUAGUGUUUUCCUUUGAAGCAUGAACAGUUAUUCAAUGCAGUAACGUCUCUUCAUUACACUGUGGGUAAUGAUAAGUUCAGGGGUGGAUAUGAACAGUUUUGAGCAGACUUGCAUAUAGGCCUACAUACACUGCUGAUCUUGCACUUCGGUACAAGUGUGUAUGUCCUGUGGCAUUUCUUGUGUUCAGUAUUGUAAUAUGUCCUUGAUAUGAAAUUUUAGAAACAUCUUCAACCCUAAGUCUACAUGUAUAAAAUUUUUGUAUAGAUACUGUAUGCCUCCACGCAAUGUGUUGUUGGCGUGUUUUUAUCAGCAUUUCUCAAUGCUUUCAGUUAUUGAAAGUAAAUUUAGGUGCAAUUUUUGCUACACAAUAAUUCCUUUUAAAGCUUACUGUAAGAUUAAGAUUUUUGAGGUAAAGUACACUUGUAUGAAAGGUAAAGUCUACAUGUAGUUGUUUCUGUAUGAUAUAAGAAGAGAUAAGAAUAGUGCUGCCUGUCUUUAGAAAUGUGACUUAUAAUCAUGGCUGGAGAACCGCUACAUCACCUAUAUGUAUAGCCAAAUUUUUUCUAAUUUGUACCUAUCGAGUGCUAAAACUAUGUUUUAAAGAGAUACCCAGUGAUUUUUCUAUUUACAUAUAUACACAGAUUUUUUUUCUGCUUUGGUUAGCUUACGAGUCAUGAUCAGCAUACAUGUAUUUGUUCAUUUUGCCUAUGACACAUUUUCGUUUUGGAUAAAGAAGAAGUCACCAAGUUUAUGAAAAAUUACCUACCCAUUAUAUUUAAUGUAGAAGGUACCCCGGUGAAGUUUGGUGAAUUUUCUUUUCCCUACUUGAGAGGUUCAAUGAAAACAAAGUAAAUGUAGGUUUAAAGUGGGAUGAGGUUAUAUGUAGUGACAUUUUGUGAGUAAAUUGUGUACUCAUGCUUGUAUGACCAUAUAAAAAGGAUGGGGUGAAAGUUGUUACAACAAAUUGCAAACCUAGAAAUGAGCAGUGAAGUAUUCUGAACCUCUGCAUUUAUGUUCUGGUUAUGUUAUGGCCACAAUGUACAUGUGUAGGAUUGUGUUAAAAUGUGUCACAUUGUGUUAAAAUGUGUCACAUUGUGUGAAAAUGUGUCACAUUGUUUCGUAACUUUAUGUAUAUACAUGCACUGUUGUGUGAAUAGAGAGUAUAAAUUUUGCAAUGUGAUUCAAAUGUUGUGCUAGUGCUUUAAUAGAUAGAGCCUACAUGAUCAUAUCCUCUGGCUGUGACCAAUCCCAUCCUUAUGGGUUACAUAGGGGCCUGGUGUUCAGUUGUUUUGGUGGUGUAAGCAGAUCCGUACCCUGUAAUCGGUAAUCGGAAAGUCUGUGCUAUCCACAGUGCCCAAUUCACAUUGUAUUUUAAGGUACAUGUGUGUUGAUAUUCUCAAUAUAAGACAAUUUGGUCACAUGUACCCGCAAUUAUCCAGCGCUGACUGUUGAAAUCAGUGUGUGAGGUUCUGGAAUUCAUACUUUUCAUAGGUAAGUUUAUCUGGUUAUUUAACACAAUUCAUUCUCCUCAAAAUGUUCCGUUCUGCAGUGCGUAGUAAAACCAGUUGCAUAUGGUUAGUCAAAUGAAUUUAAGAUAUUCAUUGCUUGUCAUAGCAAGCUUAAGGCCUGCAGAUGAGGCUGAAGCCCUAACUAAUGUCUCAUUGUUUGAACAGUUUUAUCAUCAGUCAUUUUAUUGUACAGCACUAAACUGAUUUAUUUAUUCAUUUAUCUGAUACGUGUUUUAUGCCGUACUCAAGAAUAUUUCACUUAUACGACUGUUGCCAGUAUUAUGGUGGAAACAAACCGGGCAGAGCCCGGCGGUAAAUGCGCAGCCAUCCGCAGGUUGCUGGCAGACCUUCCCACAUAAGGCAGGAGACACUAAAUUAAAUAAGGCUACAUUGUGUAUAUGCAUAGGUGCAUUACUCACAUAUUCAUUAUGUGUAUAUGAUCACUUUAUGAUACAUUUGUUAUAAAUUCAUGAUUUAAUGUAAAAAGCUCUAUGGUGUGAAGGAAAGGGAUGAGGAGUCGAUAUAAAUACUACAACUGUGAUAUUCAAGCAUUGUCGUCCUUUUUACUUAACAUGUUACAUGAUUGUUGAAAUGUAUUUGAUCGUUGUAAUUAAAAUUAUUACAUACUGUUAAACUAGCAACAUCUGACUGUUACUUAUGAAACUUUUACAGACUCUGUCAUCCUGAUAUCUGACUGUAUUAUCAUCAUUACCAUGGCUCUUAGUACUAGUGUGUGCAGCAUAUAUCCCAUAUAUGUUUUCUGGCCCGCUAGCUGGCAUAACGCCACAUUACAUGUAUCUGGGCUGUACAGCCAUACUAUCUGGCCUAUUUCCAUUUUAUCUGACUUCGUGAUAACAUGCUAUCUGACCUAUUGCCAUGUCAUCUGACCUAAUGGCAUGUUAUCUGACCUAUUACCAUGUUAUCUGACCUAUUACCAUGCUAUGUAAGCAAUUACCAUGUAAUCUGACCUGUCACCA